CCCGACUGACGUUGGACAACAAAGAUGGCGGCAGGAACCAGCAAUUACUGGGAAGAUCUCAGGAAACAAGCUCGACAACUAGAAAAUGAACUUGACCUGAAACUAGUUUCCUUUAGUAAACUAUGUACAAGUUACAGCCAUAACAGUGCCCGAGAUGGAAGACGCGACAGGUAUAGCUCGGACACUACACCCCUUUUAAAUGGUUCAAGCCAAGACAGAAUGUUUGAGACAAUGGCAAUUGAGAUUGAACAACUUUUGGCAAGGCUAACUGGAGUGAAUGAUAAAAUGGCAGAAUAUACAAACAAUGCCGGUGUUCCUUCUUUGAAUGCAGCCCUGAUGCAUACAUUACAGCGACAUAGAGACAUAUUACAGGAUUAUACACAUGAAUUCCAUAAAACCAAAGCAAACUUUAUGGCAAUACGGGAAAGGGAGAAUCUCAUGGGAUCUGUACGAAAGGAUAUUGAGUCAUAUAAAAGUGGAUCUGGAGUCAACAACAGAAGAACUGAACUAUUUUUGAAAGAACAUGACCAUCUGCGGAACUCAGAUCGUCUGAUAGAAGAGACAAUAAGCAUUGCUAUGGCAACAAAAGAAAAUAUGACUUCACAAAGAGGAAUGUUAAAGUCAAUUCAAAGCAAAAUGAACACUUUGGCCAAUCGCUUUCCUGCUGUGAACAGCCUCAUCCAACGGAUCAAUCUCCGGAAGCGGCGAGACUCCCUCAUCUUGGGUGGUGUUAUUGGUGUCUGUACCAUCCUAUUACUGCUGUAUGCUUUCCAUUGAUGGAACAUCUCCAGAGACUCUUGACAACCAUUCUUUCACACCCUGAUCUGGAAUAAGGAAAAGUAGAAAGGAGAAGUUGUCCUCAUAACUAGCCUGACCAGCAGGAUUAACUCAAGACUGAUAGUGAUGUAUUCUGUGACAUGGUCAGGUUCAGCUGAAGCCAGUUUUCCUGAGCUGUCUUUCCUAACACACAUUUCCUUCUGUGUUUAGUU